AUGACAAACUACUUCCGGGUAGUUGUCGGCGUCGAACAUGGCUGCGGUGUAGUUGUCAAUGUGACAUGCAGACUGUUGUGAUUUGUAUAAUGUUAAACAUAAGUUCUUAAAAGGAAUGAGAUUUUGGAUUGUUGUGUCUGUGUUGUCCUUGUAUCCUCCUGAGGUCGGAAAGGCAGUCAUACGACAUGGUUCAUCUCUCGCAUUUGCUUCUGAAGCAGUAUCAUGGAGGAUAUGUCGUCAUUAGACUGGCACUGGGCGGCUGCACAAACAGGCCGUUCUACCGAAUUGUGGCAGCAUACAAUAAACGCGCCCGCGACAGCAAGUACAUCGAGCAACUGGGCUCCUUUGACCCCCUCCCAAACAUCCACAACGAAAAACUCGUCAGCUGCAAUUACGAGAGAAUCAAGUACUGGAUCGGUUGUGGUGCUCACCCCACUAAACCCGUGGCCAAACUACUAGGGCUGGCGGGAUUCUUCCCUCUGCACCCAAUGACGAUAACGGUGGCAGAGCGGCGGAAGAACGCGGCUGUUCUGACCGAGGGAGGAGGCGAUGAGGAGCAGGCUCAGGAGACCAGGGAGGAGGAGGAGGCGUAGCGCUGUGCCACAGGACCCACAAACCCGCAGCCCAGACUGAGCCCGCCGAAGGAGCGGGCCGUCUGUUCCAGGACUUCUCGCACUUUGGCUCCUGUGCUGAGCAGCUACGUGCUGAUGUAUCGCGUGGUCCCGAGACUCUUUGAUACGUCAUGUAUUUCAUAUGAUAACCUGGCUUGGUUCGAUUUUUGUUUUUUGCUCCAAUACCACAUACUUCAUUUGAUCUGUUAAUGUUUUAUUGUAUUUAGAGAUAUUGUUCUUGGGGUUGAAUAAAGUAUUGUGCUUGAGGAAAAAUCUUAUUGAAAUUUCAGUGUAGUCUAGGAAUCGGGUCUGCAGUUUGGACUGAAAUUAUAUUACUUUUUUAAAGGGGUAAUCCCUGUGUACAGCACCAAGAUAUGCAGCCAGAGACCCCUAUGACAAAACUUAAUUACUCAGUGGAAGCAACUAAAACAAUUUCAGUGGCAGGCAAUUCAAUUAAAGUCUUCAUAUAUAGACCUUGACUUUAACCAUGACCACAGAAAAACAAUAUGCCUGGUAGUGCUGUAAAUAUUUAAAGUUCUUUAGGCCCUGUACUGUGUGGACUGUUGCAGUGGUUUAGAGAAAUGUUUGUGGGUGCCUAUUAGUUCAUUUUAUCUGCAAACUUAUACCUUCUGAGUUUAGUUCUUGAAUUUUAAAAUUAAUUCUUCCGGAUAUCAUAGACCGUUUGCUUUUUCCUUCAUCAGAUCUUGAUUUGUUUUUUAGCACUAGUUGUGUAGAACAUACGGCUCAAACAAAUUUUCAGUAUAUUACAGCUUAUGCCACUAGUGGUGGAGUUUAGAUGCAGUGUUGCCUUUUUAGAUAAAGAGAGGGCAAAUUAAUUGUUCUUAAGAGGAUGCAUUGACACUUUCCCAUAGAAUCUAGGUUGUUGGCAGUGUACAAUAACUGUUGCCACAAUAGUGUAAUUCAUUGAACAGUAAACAAGGUUUAUCUUAAUAGUGCUCCACCUUUUCUUGACACUCCCCUGAUAGGGACCUCGCCAGUUCUGUGAGAUUGUGUAAUGGAAAAAUAAUUUUUUCUGUGUAAAUGUCACUGUUGGUGUGACCCAAUGCACUUCGCUGGAAUACUUAGCCAUCGCCCUAAAAAGAAUCAAAUCAUAAGCAGCAAUUCCAGCUGGUCCCUUUUUAUUAUAUGUGUUUACGACAGCAGUGCCGUUAUGCACUUAACUGAGUCAGCACAAAGCACAAGUGGACAGUGAGAUUAUAGCAUCACCAGCCACACACCUGGGGAAGGAGCUGGCCUACAUGGCUAGCUGGUUAUUAAGUAAGGUAAUGGGUAAUUGACUUUAUAUUCAGAAGUAGCAUCAUAAAAAUAAGCAUUAUGAGUAAAUGAGCUAGGUAAAUCUUGUUUCAUCAUUUUUUUUACCUGUAAUAAACAUUAGAAGCCAUGUUAGGAGUUCUGCUGUAUAACCUUAAAUUAAUGGAUGGAAAUUAAUCCGUUUUUUCAGAGAAACACGAAUUACUUUUGACAGCUGAACAAAUUGUAUUUUUAUUGAAGUAUCUCACAUACCUUAAAAAAAAAAUUACCAUGUAUUCUGAACAUAUGAGUGCAUAGUACUUGAGAUUAACCAAAGCAAUCAAGCAUUAACCAGAAUAUUAAAUAUCGUCAAAGCCUGAAUUGGAAAGAGACUAACAGUCUCCAUUUUGUGAAAGCUUUGUUUCCUGGUCAAUUUUUAAGAAAUUGUUGGAAUCUGAAUUCAUGUUUUUUCAACGACGGGGGUAAGCAUAAUUUAUUCUAGCUCUUGGGUUAAUAAGAGAUAGGUUUACUUAUGAAUGGUUUCACGAAAAAUGCAUUCAAAGAGCUGGGUACAUUGUGCAAUCAAAUUACAGUGCCAUUGUACAGGAAACCCCGAAUGUAAAAAUAGAAUGUUAACUGACUUUCCCAUUGUUCCCAUUGACCUGACCUGGGCUGGGUUGAUGCUUUGUUUUCAAGUCCUGGCAAUGCUUUGCAAAAGCAGGACUAGAGACACUGUAUCACACUCAGCGUGACAUUUUGGUUUCUGAAAGAGCGAUAGUUACACAGUUUACGCUACACUUUUGAAUACUUGUGCUUUUCACAGCAGCGCUGCGUCUCCCUAUGUCAACGGAACACACACCUAAAAACACAAUACUCCAGCCCUUCUCAAACCAAGCAGACAGCAGAAAGCUCACAAGGUUCAAUCAAUCAAAUGUCAUUCAAAGACCCAAGCCCCCCGCCCCCCCCCCCCCCCCCCCCCCCCCCGCUACGUCACUGCUGUUUAUGAUGAGUCAUAAAGGGCAAGCAUUAAUAAGUGUUAGAAGAAAUAUUUACCUUUCCAAGUUUUUAUGAACAUCUAUGCCCCCAAUAAUUUAUUAUAUGAAAUAAUCUGCUCCAGGUUCUUAAAUCAACUUUAUUUACCUUUCUUGAAAUGAGAGAUCCUCUAUCCAAUAUCCUGAGCCUAAAGAUAUCCAAGUGUAUUUAAAAUUCUAACCUGUAAAUUUGACACCUGGAGCCGGUCUAGUAGCCUUUCUGUGUUCGUUUUUGUGAGCUUAUAUGUCUGUACAUUAUGGUGCACAAAUACAAAAACACAGUACCUUAAAUGUGGUGUGAUGAAGGUUUUAUAUUAUUGUAAUAUCUCUGUCUUUUUCUUUUAUGAAAUAUUCAGAUGCAUAUGGACUUGGGUCAACUAUUGCACCCAAGUCCUUUUCUAAUUGUGUUCCUGUCAUAACAUAAUCCUGUCUUAAAUUACUGUAGGGCUCAAGGAAACUUUUUGUCAAAUUGAAUUUGCUUGCUGUCUGCCCAAUUACUUAAAACCUUAAAUACCCUUGAAUUACCUUAAGAGCUUCAGAACUGUUUGUUAUAUUUUGGCCUUUUUAAGCUAUGUAAAAUACAUGUCUACCAUAAGCAAUAUUCCAGCUGUGAAUAUACCUGUCAGAAACAAUAUAUUUCUGUAUGUAAGAAGCUAUUAAUAAGUUUAUUUUAUAUUUAGGAAUAAAGGGGUGGACCAGAUAGCACAGCCCAACAUCACAUAAAAGCUAUUGAAAUUUAAUGUUUAAACACAAACCUUGAUAUUGAUCACUUAAUGUCCAUGACAAAUCCUUUGUAUUUAUAGCCUUUGAAAUAUCUUUGGUUUAUCUGACUGAUCUGACUCAUGCAUUGGCUAUCACGCUGCCUAGUUUUGCUCGGUAAAUAUUAGGCUAAAUGAUCAACCAAGUGUUCAUACACGAUGCAGUGACUACGUGGGAGUGGUGAAUAAAAUUAACCACAUACUGCAUGUGUGUGCCCAUAUGUUAUAUUAAAUGAGUUCCUGCUUCCCUGUUUGCAAUCCUUCCCUGAUGUUAUUGUAUAAAAAGUUAUCCAGA